AUGAUGCAAGACAUUGCAAACGACAUGCACCGGCUCACUGGGGUUCUUCAAACCAAAAGCCAAAACUCGGAUAGCACCCGUAUCCUCGAUAUGUGCAUGGCACCAGGAGGCGGCCACAAAGUUCUUCUACCGAAUCAUCCUAAUGUCACACUGAAGUUUCUUGAUAUGCUGGCUGCGGAUAUAGGGACGAUGGAUAUUCCAUCUGAACACCCGGACGCUGCCAAUUUCUUACCUAGCCAGCUUGAGCCAGGAUUGGCUUUCGAUCUGGUUUUAUGCGACGGUCAGGUGCUUAGCACCCAUCAGCGAGCCUCUUAUCGUGGGGUUAAGGAGGGGAGGCGGUUGACGCUUACACAGUUGGCGAUUGGUCUUGAGCAUCUCAGGCCUGGAGGAGCUAUGAUUGUACUUGUCCACAAAGUCGAAGCUUUCCAUAAUGUGCAGCUCCUUUACACAUUCAAUAAGUUCGCUUCUGUGCGUCUCUUUAAACCUCCAAGGAUCCAUGCAAAGCGGUCUUCAUUCUACAUGCUUGCAACAAAUGUCAACGUUAGUAGUGGGGAGGCAGCUAUAGCAGUUGAAAGGUGGAAAAGAAUGUGGAAUAUUACAACAUUUGGGACAGAUGAUAUGUAUCAUAACGCUCUUUCUGAAGAAGAGUCAGGUGCUGAGAUGAUAUUGAACGAGUUUGGCUCAAAAUUUGUGAUGCUUGGUAAAAAUAUUUGGAGAUAUUUGGAGAAUCCAGGCAAAUGCAUUGGAAAAAGCCACGUUCCUAAGGGAGACUGCACUAUCUUGAUGUAUCAAUGGUUUCCCUUUAUGGAUCUAAAGCGAAAUUUGGACUAA